AUGCGACCUGCUUCGGAGCCACAGAGACUACUGGUCUUCUGCGACGGCACUUGGUGCGGUCCAGAAACCGGGACUCGAACCAACAUUCAGAUCCUGGCAGAAAUGACAGGCAUCGACAUGAGUAACCCGAGAGGAUCAAGAGAACUCGAGGAUCCAGCACGAAAGCUCCGAGCGAAAUACUUCAACGGUAUUGGUCUGGGAAGCACCUUCUUCGCCUACCUUUUUAAUGGUGCGACUGCGAACGACAUAGGAGAGACUUGCGUCGAGAUCUACCAAUACAUUGCGCAGUACUACCGCGAAGGGACAGAGGUCUGGUUGUUUGGUUUGAGCAGAGGUGCCUACACAGUACGAUGUGUGGUUGGCAUGAUAAACAACUGUGGCAUCGUCAAGAAUCCUUCUCGUGAUCUUUGUGAUCAAGUUUAUCGCAUCUACUCUUCCCCAUACUAUGCUGAUAAACCAUCGUCCGCCCAGAGCAAAGAGUUUCGAGACAGAGCAAGCUGGGAUGUCGCAACGCCAAUCAAGUUCAUGGGUCUCCUGGAUACUGUCGGUAGCAUCGGCAUCCCUUCCUUGGACGCUGGCAAUGGACCUUCAUACCCUACCCUUUGGGACCAAGUCGUUUCGAGCGGUGUGGACCAAGUCUACCAUGCCUGCUCUAUUCACGAUCGUCUGUCACUCUUUCAACCGUGCUUGACGAAGCGUGACCGCGACAAUGGCAAAGGGNCACCCUCAAUCCAUGAGACAUGGUUCCCAGGCUGCCAUUACGACCUCGGUCGCCAACGCUUCAAGUUCUUGCGCAGCAGAGCGGUCGAUCCCCUAGAGCGUCUUCUGGUUGCGGUUCCAAACCUCCUCUCUGGCACUUUAGAACCCAACAGUGUCUUAGCUGAUGUUGUGCUACGCUGGAUGCUCCAAGCGAUCGACCACGAAAUGCCUACUCAGACCGCCAUCCCCAACAUCGAAGCAAAGAUCACUAAACUCGAACUCCAGAUCAAAUCCGGUCGCGACGAUAUCGGUUCUGGCGAUGUCUACUCGCCUCAGAAAUCACUCUUGUACGCUCCCUUCGGCAGAAUCAUCUCUUUCUUACCCCAGCCUCGCGCUGUCUACGAUGCCAUCUCCGUUCUCAUGGCUGUCCGCGAUCGACGUAUUCCAGACGAAGGCGCGCAUGUUUUCCCCUACAAAGACAGCUUUGAAGGUGGAAAAAGANGCAUUGAGGAAUUGGGUGAGGUGACCAAGAAGAGAUAUCCCAGUCGUACAUACGAGAGCUGGCAAGCUUGGAGCGCAUACUUCUCGCAANAAGAUGAUCCAGCGUUUAGAAAUGGUGAUAUUCAGGGGCAUGGCAAGACUGUAAAAGCUGAUGAAGAGCAAGUGGGUGGUAGUGAGCAAUAA